AUGGGUGAUGAGUACGAUGGUGUGGACGAUUUUGCCUCUGACGAUGAGCCAUUUGAGGAAGUGAUCGAAGAAGAAGGAGAUACUAAGACUGGUAAUAUUUUAAGUGUGUUGAGUUGGUUUUUGAGGCGUAGAUUACCGUCAAACUUCUAACCCACAAUGACCUGUCCGUUAUCUGUAUGAUUUUAACUUACCUGUCAUACUUGUUAUUUCACCUUAAAUUUUUUGACAAAGAAAGCUUUGUUAGUUGCUGCGAGGUCGAGACUGUGUCGUUGCCUCAUUGUGCAUCAUGGCCACUAAAACACCCCUAGUUGCUAUUCAGUAUCGAGGCGACAGCGCCUGGCUGUGAGAAUGUUAAUAUAAGCAUGUUACCUGGGCGCGGAUUCUGUUCAUUUUGUCGCUAUCGGAGAGAUACUGAAAAAUCGCGAUACGGCACUAUACAGUAACAGCGCCAGAUAUAGCUGUCUUAUCGAAAUUUUCAUUGAAGUAUGCAGUUACUUACGAACGGUGUUUCCCCGCAUCCUCUUCGCAAAAGUCUAGCGCUUCACAAACCACGUCCCCCAAGAAGAAUAUGACCCUAAGUUACUUCGAUUUUUUGGUUUCUGUGCGUUUACUCUAAGGGGAGUAAUACAGACCCAUAUUGAAUUUGUUUUCGGUGUGUCUUAAUCCAGUUGGGUCGGUGACAGGCAUGAUUGGCCUGAAGUUGGUGUUGAACGGAGAAAUAUAUGAAGCAAAUGUUGGGACCGGCUCCCAUUCUAGUCCAAAAUAGAUUCCGGUCUAUGACGCUGCUGCUUGAGUGCGUCCGGAUAUCUUUUGAAGUUUACUUUUUCUUUUAAAAUUAGUGUUAGCCAUUGCGUCGUCAUCAAAGGGGGCAUUAAACACUCAUGACGAAGUCAUCAGUAUUUCGGCCACCGAAAGCCAAGAAGGCUCUCUGAAAAUGUGUCGCUGAAAAUUGUUAAACCAUUUCGCUCUGCUGCGGUAUUCCAAGCCCAUAAACAGUUGCUUGACUUCAGUAAAGUCGUCCCUGAUUCUAAUCGGCCAUCUCACCUAGCAGACGGCAAUCUGACCGUGGAGUCCACUGAGCUGGACUGCUGUUCUUUUUUUAUGGAGGCGUUCCUGCAACUUAAGGUUGCUCUAGAUCAGCCAAGCUAGUUGUUUGCGCGUCAUAUCAAUCGUCCUCUGCCGUAUUCGCUGGUUAUUAGCCAGUAGUCCACGAGGUAGAGCUGUCGACGGUCAUGGAAGUGUAAGAAUUCAGUGCAUGAGAUGCUGUAUUACCUUCGUUCCAAUAUGCCCUUUGUGCAGACAGCGUGUCAGCAGACUCGCUUUUGGAGGCGGUCGACUCUUACGUUUCCUAAACAGUAUGUAAUACGACAUGAUACAACCUACCUAGAUCUCCUAUGGAAUUGUCGUACUAACUACGAUGGGGUCUCUCCGACUUUUUACGGCAUGGAGUGAUGAAUUGACGUUGAGCAGGCCUUUUUCGUUUCAAUGGAGCAGUGGGAUCGAAAUAACGUAAACAUGGUUGACAUGUACUCCGUUGUCCUGCAGUUUCUUCGGUCGUCACGUGGUUCAUUAGAGUCUUGGAUUUCAAUAGUCGGUUCACACAAGUUAGAGUACCGAAACACUGGAAGCUUUGGCGUGUUGUAUUCACUAUUUCAAGCAGAUACUAUGAAGCUGCAUUCCUUCGAAUUAAAAAGUUGACCAUCUACUUUUGGACACUUCACUGUAAUUCGAAUGACGAUGGCCAUAUUUUCUUAACUGACAGGUCCGUAGUGAAGCGUCUAAGCUUCUAGAAUGUCCGUGCUGGCUGAAAUAGCCUUCAAACUCUUAAGAUCUGUUAAAUGCUCGUUGCUCUUAUCAAUGAUGACUGUUUCUACCCAGUUCUACUUGUAAACAUUUCCUUUCAACUCAAUUUGGACUUUAGGAAAGGUGUCAAACAGCCAAAUUUAGUGUUUUUAAGCCGCCAUUGUGCAAUUUUCCCUUAAAAUAUCCACAUUAUAGUUUGUGUGUCCAUACGGUUGGUUAUUCGUUUUUCGUUAACUAACUCGCGCAUUAGUACUCGUCCACUCGGAGAUGACAAAAUGUCACUGACCGUAUUAGUGUUUAUUAACUGUUUCCUUUCGAGUCUCCACAUAAUUUUCUAGACCACCAUUUGGGCGAGCAAAAUGACCUAUCCUUCGCGCAACGCCUGGAGACUUUGACGGUCCGAUUCUGCAUUUAAGCCUCUCUUGCGUAACAUUGCUUUUUAGAACCGGUUGCUAUGAAAGGGCUCGCUACCGACACCCAGAUUAUAGAGACUCCGCCCCAAACAAUGUACAUAAGUGCAGAACCCACCCGAAUCUACAGUCUGUCUGUAGCUGCAUCAAUGCAAAUUUCUCAGGGAUUUCUACUGGCUACCACAACGAGUAUACCGGUUUUGUCAGUGCCUGUUAAAUAGAGCGUCUGUAUACUACUAAGACUCCUAAGUAUCCGGAUUGCCCUCCAUGCAAGCCUUUAACUUUUGGAGAGGUUCAAGUGCUAAUUGUUCACUUCCUGGUUUUUGUCAAUUAUUGACUUUACUGUUACCGUCAGUAUACCAGGCGCCAACACAACAUAUGGCUUCCCUAUCUGAAUGUUGUCGUUUUUUCGGAAUAACAACCCAUAAAUACUCCAAAUCGUCUGCUCCUUUCGGUUCACGUUAAGCAUGAGAUACGUCGGGUUGCCCCGAAAACGGACCACGUGGUUAGUGCGCUGUACCGACACGGGGUCUAGGUCGGGUCCGAUAGGCGUUAUUGGGAGUGCGCACCAAUAGAAAAAUGCCAACAUUAAGGAUGUGACGGCACAUUCAGACGCAUGCCCAGUUGGGAUCCGAGCCGUCCCCUUUUUUUCUUGUGUAAAAUCCUCGUUAGUGUACGUUGUAGGUCGGGAUGUGGUGGUGGUGCGCCUAGGUGUGGAUUUUGGCCAUGUCAGCCACCUACGACCUCUCCUGCACCCGGUCUUGUUGACUUCGUUAUGACACUGGACCCAGUUGGUGGAGAACAGAGUUCGGUGGAUGCUGCGCAAAUCUAUCAUCACCAUAAACUAAUUAAUGAGCGAGUCGCUGUCCCUGCUUCCAUCCUGUCAUGGAGUGCAUGAUGGACGUCGUCGGAAUUGACGAUCGAACUGUCGAUAUGUCUGGUUACUUACACCGGCAUUUUUAUUCUGUCUGCAUGAACAGCCAGCCCGACUGAUUUAGCUACCUUGUCUUCUCGAUAAAUGACAUUGUAGGGCUUCGUCACUGGACGCUACCCGCGUGAUGUCGUCAGGGCAACUGGGGUUUGUUGGCCUGUUGGUACCAGUUCGGUGAAGGCCGAUCUGUGCACAACUUUGCGUAAUGCAGCCAAUUAUUGGAUAGACUGGACGAGUAGAUAUACUCUUGUUAUCGAAUUGGAAAUGUUUUGACAGUUGUCACAAAGCCCACAAACAACGAGGUCUGAGUUGCCCCAGCUGCCUUAGUCGGCUACUCUCUUCUGCCUGUGUCUCUCAUAGGAAUCCAAGGGUCGCGCGAAAACCAUUGGGACGAAGUAAUCUCGGCUGCUGAUGACCGUAGUAACCCAACUUAGCUAAUGUUAAUUAGGAAUCUAGUCUGGCUGUUUAUUCUUUCCAUCACAUGCGGGCGCAUCAUGCGAAGCCUUUGACGAUUGUCAACAUAGCCAUACCUGAAAUCCGUUCUCGUCUUUAUGAAGAUAAGCGUCAAAGCAACUUUCUCCCACUUAUUGAGUGAGAUAUGUGCUUUUUAGAUUUUAUUCUGAGACUAGAGCUUUCGCGUUGACACAAACUUCAUAAUUCGUCAGCUUUGUCAUCGACGUCGUAUCAGUGCCCUCUUUCAAAGAACGCCUGUUGUUGAAGACUGCCGAAACAUUGCAUAAAACUAGAGGGGGCAAAUGUAGUGACUAGUUCGCCCCGUUUGCCUUGCAACUGGCGAAAUGAAGCCGUUGUUAACUUAGCUGGCGGGUUAGCAACCAGAACUGAAUCCUGUUUUCUGUACCGCGUCCCCAGAUCUCUUACAAUCCAUCGGAACAGUACUACUGCUAUUUUGUAGUUGCUGUAGGAUUUAUCGUUGCAGACAUCUGAACAGGCAGCUGGAUUUCUCUCUCGCCUACCGUAUUUUAUGGCUAUCUGCUGCUUUUUCAGUCUUGACUGUCCAGAAAGACGGCAUUCCCACGUUCCGAGCUUUAUUGUAACAAUCCCGCGUUCUAGAAGCACCCGGGUAUGUCUUUUAGACAUUUAGAGGCACACUCCAAGCGAAAUGCAGGUGGACAUUAUCUGACGCGAACCCAGCGUAGCGCAUAAAUCUGCUGCUAUAUACCUACAUGCGGAAGUUUAUGAUUGUAAAAAUAUCUUCAAUUCCACUGAUUGCAAAUACAUAAUUAGAUUACUGGAUCGGCGUGCAUCUGUGGAGAUGGUUUUUUUUGAAGCUUAACCGCUUUUCAUUGUUUUGACAUUGAACACUAAGACCAUUCUAGUCAACUGUAUUGUUCGAGGAAUUACCUGAUCCCGUUCGAGGACUCCAUAAGCAAUGUUUUUGUUACGGCGAGGCUGUCUUUGAUCACUGUAAAGAUGCAGGCUUAAAAUAUCCGCAUCGCGCUGAUCGGCUAUCGGUGUGGUCGCGCAAACAGUAGCACUAGAAACGAAAUAUUGCAGGAAUGCCAACAGAGGUAAAGAGACUCGAAUAGCCCGUUCCGAGCGUAUCAACUGUCAUCGUUCAGUCGUAGCUCAACCCCGCGUUUGAAUAAUCCGAGAGCAGAGCCCAAACCCUUAGGGGGUCACUGAGCAUUAAGCCCAUGUUAGCCAAGCCUGUCAACCGGUCGCACCCUAGCUCCUGUAAAAACAUCUUGCGGUUCAGUCGUCGUAGUUGGUGGGUUGGAGUGCGACGUCUGUCAGAAGACUCGGGCAGAUCGGUAUCCCGGCGAAUACGCAAUCAGAACUGCUAUCUGUUUGCCGGCGAUAGGUUUUUGUGGACCCCAUCACCUCACCAAGUGUCUUACGCCAUUUUUUAUGGAUCAACACACGGUAGCUACAGAAGGCGUUGAUUCUCCUGGACGCCUCAUCCUGGGUUCUAAGUGUAAUUACUGGCAGCUCCUGGGGUGGCAGCUUGAGCGCCUUGAAUGCGGGCGGCCUCUGGCGACCGACCGGGAAUCUUGCAUCAGCCUGGAGGUGCCUUCCUCGGCGGGCAUGGCUGUCCUGUUUUACACCACGCCUAACGCUUGCCGAAAAAUCCACUCCCUGGUUGUAAAGCGGUAGUGUUCUCGUUUGCGGUCGAAACUAUAACCCAGUGUAAUGAGCCCGCCUGGUUGGUUCUUCUUGCACUAUCCACCACUAGCUAAUUCCACGUGCAUUGCAUCCUGAUUCACAUAAUGUGUUGUGCGGUCACGUGACCCGUGUCGUGAUGUUUGGCAAGUUCAAUAUGAAUAUUUCGCUAGGCACCCUCAAGCCCCAACCUCAAAGCACGUAGUAAUUAGAAAUUUACGCCUGUCACCCCGCGGCAUUACUCUGCGUCCUCCCUUCCCACUUUUUUUCAGAUAACGUGACGUACAUCACAUCUGGCGAACCUGCACGACUUCAACCGGGCGUUUCCAUGCCCGCGGGGCCGGUCGAGAAGAGCAAGCGGAUUACAACACCCUAUUUGACCAAGUAUGAGCGCGCCCGGGUUUUGGGCGCUAGAGCCCUUCAACUGUCCAUGUCAGCUCCCGUAAUGGUGGAGCUUAGUGGUGAGCGGGACCCGCUAAAGAUUGCGGAGAAAGAACUGCGUGCCAAUAAGAUCCCUAUAAUUAUUCGCCGUUACCUACCUGACGGAAGCUUCGAAGAUUGGAACCUGGACGAAUUAAUUCUGGUUGAGUAA